UUUUAUUUGUUAGCUUCUUUUAGAAAUAUUAGCCUUCAGCUAUGAGUGGAUGGCUCCAAAACAUUGAGGAAUCUGAGGUCAAGUCUGUCAGCCUGAAGGGCUCCAUUUAAAGGAAUGUUCAGGAAAAUCAACAAUGCCUUCCGUCCCAACCAUCAGGGACACCGAGGGUGGAAUGGAGGUGGUGGGGUCCGCUCUGAGCACGACUACCACAACGCCUGCACAGUCAGGCUGGUCCGCAGCACCUCCAUGCUCGUGGUGGGGGAGAGAACUCAGGCAGCAGCAGGCUCAACUUUGAAACGCAGCAAAAGUACAGUCAGCAUCGAAUCCACCUUGUACUAUUAUCAGAAACAAGAGGACAGGAUAUGGCUGUACUCUCAGAAGCAGAACUGCCUGGAGUACCUGGAGGCCCUCGUGGCUUUGAGACGGCGCUACACAAAGAGCAUGAGUGACUUGAAAAGUGCUGACGUUAAGGCCACUGUGUCCUCCAGGAAGAAGCCAGCUCCCCCACCACCCAACAAGGAAGAACAGAUACAACGAGCCAAACCCUCUGCCCCUCCAGUCUCCAGUGAGGAAGACUCUUUGCAGUUCUUUGAUGAAGUCAUCGCCAGCUGCGACAACGAGCCUGAGCGCAAACCUUACAUGGACAACGGACACGCAGACGUGGAUUUCAUAGUGGCCUCCAGCUCGGUUGAACACGACCUCCACUCCAACUGGGUCUUGCGGGUUCCUCGGACCACAGAUGAUUCCAAGCAGACAGCAGAAUGUCCCAGUGCCAAUGAAAGCACCUCAAAGAAGAAAAAACACAGCGGGUCCACAAGCAGCAGACUGCGACUUCAGAGGAACCCGAUCCACCUGCCCAAAGUGGUUGCGAGUGCAUUCCAGACUCUGCGCUUCAAGCCCAAAUUAAAAAAGCACUGAGGUUUGAAAAAGACAUUUGAAACCAGCAGUGGUGUCACACUGUGAACAAAGACCAUGACCUAGUUUGUUAGGAAUUGCACUGUUCUCUGUCUAGACAAGUAA